AUGGAGGAAGCCCAGGAAUUGAGCACCCGUAGGGGCACUCUGCUGGCCGUUACCGAGCAAGGAACACAUGCGGACUCUGCGAACCAUGUGACGCUGGGAAUUGAUGGGUCUCACAGUGCCCAUCAAGAUGCAGACGAUGUAUUGCCGUCUGAAGCUGCUGGCUCAGUGGAGGACGCACAACGCCUGCUACUGUGGUCUGCUGAACCCAGUGAUCUUAUGGUUCCACCGACGGCAAAAUCCACUGAAGACAAGAUAUCAGUAUCCCCUCCUACUUCGCCGUCAGACGCUCUGUUUUACUCAUUAGGCGAUAUCGGGCUGCGCAGUGCCAUGCGCCCGCCUGAAUUUCUACCUCAGCGCGACUGGUUGCGCCACUUGCUACUGCAGGCCAUUGAAGAAGCUCAGCUGCUUUUUUCUUCCUUGUGGGAGGCGUGCAGCUGUCCAUCACUAGGCCUCCCCGCAGCAUCCUGCAUGCAGCACCGGGGAGACACUGGAUUCUUGGAUCCUGCAAUCGCCUUUGCUGCAGCUGCGCCAAGUGCCCCAAAGAGGAGAUUGAUGCCGGUGCAAAGACACACAACGCCAACAGAUGGUGAUGCACAAGUGAUUAUGGCUACAGACAGUAAAACAACCAAAAUAGCGGAAGAGCACCAAGAUGCGCACGGAGCAAACGAAGCAACGGACAAUCCAGUUGGAGUCACCAAACGCACAAGAGUUCAUGCAGGCUCAGAAACAGGCACGCGCAUUGUCCCCACUGCACGCGAAUAUAUCUCAGCCACUAUGUCGUGGGCAGUUCGACAACUGGACGAUCCGCAUGUGUUCCCUCCUUCCCCUAUAGCUAUCGGCUCCGCAGAAGAUGACACGCAGGUGGAGGAGGAGGACGACGCCCUUCGAGGAGCGGCCUCUCUGAUUGUUCGUCGGUUAUUGCGCUGCUACGCUCAUGUAUACCUCUGUCACUUGCCCCUUUUGCAGCAACACGGCGCUGUAGGUCAUACGAACCGCUGUCUGAAACGCCUGAUGUUCCUCGCAGUGGACGCCCAGCUGCUAGAGGGGAGUGAGGCCACAUUGGAGCCCGUCAGUUCACUUGCCGACGCUUGGUUGAGCCACAGCCAACUGCGUUGUUCUAGGAGUUCACCCCACACUGGAAAGGGCGUGGCAGAGAGUCACCCUGAAAAAGCCGACACUAUUAGUCCCCCAGACGACUGGCUUGUCCCUGCUCUACACAAGGCUGAGGAAUGCCUAGGUCUCUUGGACCGAGAAGAGUAUCCCCAUUUUGGAAGGAAUGAAGAGACGUAA